AUGGAGACAGAUCCCAGAUAUGUGACCGUCGCACCACCGAAACAUAUUGACAAGUCCCGUGUUGACAACGUCCUGGACAAAGACCAUCAGAAAGCCUUCACCGCAGCACUGUCCAACAUCCUACGAACAAAAGUGGCAGAGACCACACUAGCUCAGAUCGUCGAUGGGCUUCCCCUCAAGAACGUUGCUUUCAGCCUGCGCGGUCACAGGUACACAAGUGACGACCCGGUUGCAGAGCAUACCGAGCUAUGUCCUGAUGCGAUAGAGAAGACCAGGGCUUUCCGCGAGGAAUUUGACCCAGCUCUGAUGACGGUGCGAACCGAUGUAUUGGAGCGUUACGAGGCUGUUCUUGUCGGCUCCCGAGCAUCCAGACCUGUAUUGAUCGAGCUUGUCGCUGUUGCUGUUCAUGAAAUAACGGUCGAAGUUUUCAAGCUCGACUCUCACGGUCCCCACGAGAAGGACACACACCCCAUGUCCCGUGAAGGACCCUUACGCAGAGGCUGA